UACUUAAAUAAUCAACAAAUUAUUAACAAAUAUAAACAAAAUGUUAUGUAAAGCAUGUAAACGCAUAGCUCAACCUUCCGAAAUUGAAGAUUGCUUUGAAAAAGCUAUUGAUAUAAUAAAACACCAUUAUACUUUUUAUAAAAAUGCCCUACAACAACGUGACUUAGAAUUGCAACAAAUCAAGGAACGCAAUGAGAAACUUAACAAAGCUCUACAACCUCCUACAAAGGAAUCAUCAACCCCAACAGCAACAACAACAAACAACCUGCCAAACGUUUUAAGUCUCAACAUAGUGAUGAUUCCUGGUUGGGUAAUAAUUCUUCACAGGAAGACCGUGUUACCUCAGACCUUAGUCUAA